GGGACGUGCUCACAGAGACGAUGGCCUGCGAAGUUUUUAUAAAGAUCUUGAAAGAUAGGAAGUGUUUAUCGAGUUCAGAAGAGUUCACACUCAAUGGCCACCAGCAGCCCAGUUUGAUCUCAAAUGGCCAGCGAGAUAACAUUAUAAUAGUUAAGCAUUCCGUAGGAGCAGUGGGCAGCUGCGGGGAGCGCCCGAGGACCCAUCUCCAGAUGGAACGCCAGGCUAAUGGUCAGAUCACCUGACUGGAGGAUUGACCUAUAUAACAUUGACAUGUUGUCAUGUUAUAAAUGAGUUGAUUAAAACCGAAUGCAAGUUUGUAAAUAUCUAAGUCAAGAAAGUGUACCUUCUGGUCAACCCUGUCAGUUUUCCUUCUCAGAAAAUGUUCUUCUUCUCAGAACUCGGAUGUCUGCGACCUCAAGGAAGUUCACCUUUGUGGCAUGACUUUGAUGAUCAUGGCUUUCACUGCAGCCUCACUGAUCUCUCUGCUAUCAGCAUUGUUUCCAACUGCUGUUCAAUCCUUACAACAUAGUCAACAGCUUUUACUAAAUCAGUGCGACCCCCAGUGGACAAAUUAGGUAACCAAUAAUUUAUUGAAAGCCCAAUUAAUGUUAGUGUUCUCUUUGUUAAUGAUUUUUCCCCAUGGACUGCUCAGUUUCAGUACUUGUCAGAGUCAAUGAGAUCCGUGAGUGAGCCUCAUUAGUGCCUGUUUUUACAAAGCAUUUGUAAAAGGAUGCAGAAGAAAUAGAGAAGACAGAGAAGUCUGGAAUGAAAGAGCAGACAAAAUUUCACAUUACGAGGAGGUGAAGAGAGACCUACAGACACAUAUCUACAGACGUUCAAAAGAGGAAAGAAGAUGGUGAACAUAACUAAUUCACAAUAGUUACCGCUAAAGGCCCCACUGUGGUAAGAACAAGAAGAUGGACGCAAGACCAGAGAUACAGUGGCUUGCAAAAGUUAACCCCUUCAACUUUUCUCCAUUUUGUCACAUUAGAACCACAACUGGAAAUGUAGUUUUUUGGGAUUUUUAUGUGAUAGACCAACACAACUUGCCACAUAAUUGUGAAGUGGAACGAAAAUAGAUAGUUUUCAUAUUUUGUUUUCAAUAAAUAGAAAACUAAAAAUGUGGCAGUCAAAGAUUGUCAUAACCCUUACUCUGGUAGUUUUGAUUUUUGAGUUAUUCGUUGUUAUUUAUAAGCGGAUUGCUGUGGAUCAUGCUGUUGGUUCAGUGCUUAGAUAUUCAUGUGCUGUCCACCAAAUUCAUAAGUGCCAUGAAACACAUCUGACUAAAGAUUUACAACAUUGCUCCAGUAAGUUAAUGCAACUAGUUGGGAAUAUGAAAACACUGAUACAAAUGGCGUCAGUGUUUUAUUUGCAGAAAUGAUUACAUCAUUCUGUGAGUGCUAUUGUUUUUUCAAGAUAUCUUAAGAAGUUCCUUUCCACCCUCUUCUGUCCUCUUCUUCCGGCCCCAAAACUGAACUCCAUCCAGAAACUAGGAUUUAGAACAUGGAACAGAAUAUAUGUGGAGUUUGACUCACUCUGGUGGGAUGCUGACUGUUGAGGUCAUCCAGCUGGUGUGGGAAGACGAGGUGUGUGUGUAACCACAGUUUUAAAAGCAUGUAUUGAGCUUUUAUUUACAUUGAUAAUCUGUUCUCAGCAGAGUGAGGCAAUGCAUUCCUCUUUGAUUAUACUAAUUAUGCAUUUUUAAGUAUCCCAAAAUUCAAUACAAUUCAGCUUUAUUUAUUAAAGGGCCAAAUACAACACAGCCGUUUCUAGAACAUUUCCGUUCGUAUCAUGUACAGGACAGAGAGACUGAUCUAAAUCAGCUCAGCAUUGCUCCAUUUGUUGCAGGUGGAUCAUGCAGGAGACUUCAGAUCACGAACCAGGGGAUCCUGGAGGGAGGGAAAAAGGGUUGUGCGAGAAAGCAACUACAGAAGAGGCAGAAGAGGGACUAUGGUUAAUGACACGUAGUAUUGAAACAUGUUGAGUGACAAAGGAGAGAACAGAGGGUUAGUUCAGGUCCUCCAGCAGUCUUAGCAUGAGACCUGAACCAGCCCUCACUGUAAGUCUUACUAAAUAGACAGGUCUUAAGCCUGGCCGUCAGAAAACAACAAUAAACAAACAAAAAGACUGGUGUCAGACUCCUCUCUAUAAGUCAAUGCAACGUGUCAAUCCAAGUCUGAUUAAGUUGUUGUUGCCACUGUUUUAUGAAACAUUAUUGCAUUUUCUACUCUACUCUACUCUCUCAUAAUUUUUUACUAAAUGACAAAAACUGGAAUGGAUUAAAAAAAAAGCCAUGGGAUUUUAUAUGAAAAGUUUUUUGGUUUUUUUUUAGGUGUGAGAAUGCUGUAUUCAGCCUUGUUGAGUAAUAUUGUUCCUGGCGUAAAUGUGAAAUGUGAGAUGUCUAAUUUGAAAAUUUCGACAGUAAAAGGGAUUAGAACCUAAAAGGCCAUGCCGGGGUUUCGAAUUAACUGGUUUCCAUGUUAAGUGAUGACCAACUUCCUUUGUGGAUGUGGUUAUUGUUGCUAACUUGGCAAACAUUUUUUAAUUGCAUUUAAAAUAUAGAUUCGAUUUGACGUACCUUUAUUAUGGAGGUAUUUUUGGCGAAAAGGGUUUGAGCACCUAUAAAAGUACAAUUAGUGGCUGGACCUGAGGGAAGUCAGUCACCAGGGAACAAGGAAACCAGUUAAUGUGUAUCACCGGAAGUAGUUUUUUUUGUAAGCAGACGUAGUACGUCAUGCGCCGUAGACGCACUAAAGGAAGAGUCGAACCGCAGCCUGCAGCCAGCGGCGAUGUCUCCGGCUGUGAACUCAAAGGUAGUUAUAAUAGGAUGUGGGAUUUCAGGCAUAGCGGCGGCGCAACGGCUCGUUAAGUCCGGAUUUAACGAUGUCCGGAUACUUGAAGCGACUCCAAGAAGCGGAGGGCGGAUCAAAACCGGCAGAAUGGGUGACAAAAUCAUAGAAGUUGGAGCAAACUGGAUCCAUGGACCGUCUGAGGAGAACCCUGUGUUUUGUCUGGCACGUCAGUAUAAUCUUCUGGAUCCAGAGGCCCUCACCCCGGAGAACCAGGCCAUGGACGUGGGAGGACACCCCCCCUGGGUCCCCAAUGUCUUCAGUAGCUCAGGUCGGAGGUUAAAUAUUGAGGACGUCUCUCCUGCUCAGGAGAUGUUUUUUGAGCUGCUGAGUGAAAUUUCUGAAUAUCCAAGCACAAUCGGAGAACCCCAUGACAGUGUGGGAGAGUUUAUACGGUCAGAAGUGCAGCGGCGAGCAGCAGAGAAAUGGAAAGAUAGUGAUGCGACCAGCAGAUGUCUGCAUCUGUCUGUUAUCAGCAACCUGUUGAAGGUGGAGUGCUGCGUUAAUGGGGCUCACAGUAUGGAUGAGGUGGGCCUGGGGGCCUUUGGACUGUACAAGACUCUGCCGGGACUGGACUGCACAUUCCCAGGUGGCUUUGAAGGGCUCAUUAAGAAUUUGAUGUCGGAGCUUCCCAGUGGACUGGUGACCUAUAACCAACCUGUACGCUGUGUCCAUUGGAACAACGCAGAGGCGAGAAAUACCUCUGUGCUGGUUGAGUGUAAUGAUGGAGAAAAGAUUGUUGCAGAUCAUGUUAUCGUCACAGUUCCUCUCGGAUACUUAAAGAAGCACCAUUCAACCCUGUUCCAUCCUCCUCUUCCUCUACACAAAAUACACACCAUCCAGAGACUGGGCUUUGGAACAAACAAUAAAAUCUUUGUGGAGUUUGACUCACCAUGGUGGGAUGCUGAUUGUGGGGUCAUCUAUUUUUUGUGGGACGAUGAGGAGUCGGUGGCAGACGAGGUGCCGGAUCUCCAUCGAUCCUGGAUAAAGAAGCUGUUUGGCUUCACGGUUCUCAAACCGACUGAAAGGUACGGCCAUGUUCUCUGCGGCUGGAUCGCUGGACACGAGUCAGAGUACAUGGAGACAUUGUCGGAACAGGAGGUCACACAUUGCAUCACACAGCUUGUUCGCAGGUUCACAGGAAACCCCGCCGUCACCCCAAAGCGAAUCUUUCGCUCUCAGUGGUUUCAUGACCCCUGGACAUGUGGCUCGUACAGCUUCCCUGGAAAAGGCUGUUCAGAGCAGGACCUGGACAACAUGAGGGAGCCCCUGCCGCCAAAGGCAUCACAGUCACAACCUCUGCAGGUGUUGUUUGCUGGAGAGGCGACACAUCCCUGCUACUUCUCCACCGUCCACGGCGCUCUCCUCAGUGGAUGGAGGGAAGCUGACAGACUCAUCUCUCACUACUCCAUCAAUCCGUCCCAGCCUCAGUCAAAGUCAAAGCUCUAAAAAAAAAACCCAGACUGGUUUCACCAAGUGCUGUGUGAUCA